UGCAGAUCGGCUUUAAACCUGCGCGUCAUAUGCGGUACUAUUAGUUUCCUCCGGAAUUAUUUUACAGACGUACUGCAGUGGUGUUGUGUAACAUCUGUUUAUGUCCGUGUUUAAACCAUUCGAAUAACUUCUCAUGAAAAUAAAUUAUACAUAAUGUCUAGAAUUUAAUAUCUGCAUGUCAUCUAAUGAGUCGCGAUGGUGAAAAGAAAACAGAGAAGAGUUUUGCGGUAUGUGGAAGAGGGGAGCCUGAUGAAGCUGAAGUCUUUCCUUCGUAAACACAAGGAUCUGGAGCUGAACUUCACGCAGGGCAAGAAGCAAAGAAGCCCUCUACACAUCGCCUGUUCACACGGGGAUGAUGCAGUUCUCAGACUGCUGCUGAAACAUGGGGCAGACCCCCUUCAAACCGAUAGAAAUGGAGAAACACCGCUACAUCUGGCCGCAAAAAGAGCCCUCAAACAUGGCAAAGGAGCUUAUGAUGAUCUGGUGGUGCCAUUACGAACAAACUGUCCAGAAGCCAUGGAUAUUUCCAAUAAAGCAGGAGUGACUCCUCAUGACCUGCUCCAGUGGAUGAAGCCAGAGCAGGGGAAGGUCAAAAAUGAGUCCUGUGUUGAUCCAGAGCAACAAUGGAGAGAGAAGCUGUUAGGAGAAUGCCAGGAUGAGUUUUCUGAGACAUUCGGACAGUAUGAUGAUGACUUUUUAUGGGAUGAUAAAGACGAGGUAGACUUCGGAGACUGGGCGGAUCAGAUCAGACGGGAGUAUUUUGCCAAGAAACAGGCCAAAGAACAGAGGGAAGCAAGUUCUUCGGGUCAGAAGAGGUCAAAGCGGCGAGAGGAGACGGAGGAGGAUGAGAGGAGUCGCAGGGAGCUGAGAGCCAGGCUGGAGCGGGAGCAUGAGGAGUACCUGCAGCGUGCAGCUCGUAAGGAGGAGGAGACGCGGCAGGGGAGGAAGAGGCGCUACGAGGAGCGCUGUGCUGCCACAUUUCAAAGCUCCUCCAGCAAAGCUCCUGAAGGACUGCUGGGAUACGACGACAUCCCGUGGCCCGCUCCUCGCGGCUCGCUGGAGGAAAUGGUGGGUGUUAUGUUGCACGGUGCCGAUCGAUCUGAUUCGACUGUUUUCCGGAAGCUGCUCCGUCGCCAGCAGGCGCUCUGGCACCCGGACAAGUUUUUCCAGCGCUGUGGAGGCCGUCUGCUGGAGUCUGAUAGACAGAAGAUCCUGGACACCGUCACUGGCCUCUCACAGGAGCUCAACAGACUCGCACAAAACCUCCGAUGACGCGGACUUCGCUGAUCUGAGCACCUCACUAAACACUUUGAACAAUCAAAUUAAAUUUAAUUCUUUCUCAGCUUAAUGGCAUAAUUGCUUUAUUGGAAAAAGAGGGACAGAGAAACAAUAACCUUUACAUUAUUCUAUUACUUGAACAGUCAUUUUUAGAACAUCGUGUCUGAUGAUGUUAAACAAAUCUAAACCAAAAUCCUCAUAAUUUAAAGUGUCGCAAAAAAAACAAUUUUUAAUUACAUUUUUUUUUUCUUAUAAAUGCAAAACACUGUUGUUGUUGUUCUUUUUUUACAAAAUAAAUUCUGAUCAAAAUUCAA